AUGGCUAUUAUUGGACAGAUUCGUGAUGAAGCCAGGAAAGCAGGGGUUCCUCCUGCCCGUGAAUCCAUCUGGCAAUACUUCGUUACCAAGUGUGCUAAUAACCUUCAUAUUGUAUUGGCAAUGUCUCCCGUGGGGGAUGUACUUAGGACGCGUUGUCGUAACUUCCCUGGUCUGGUUAAUAACUGUAGUAUUGAUUGGUUUACUGCAUGGCCCGAACAGGCUUUGCAUGCGGUGGCUUCAGUCUUCCUCGGCGAAAAUAAUGAUAAGAUACCAGAUGAUUAUCGCGAUACUGUAGUAGAUCACGUGGUGUUCGUCCAUCAAACUGUUGGUAAAUACAGUGUUAGUUUUUUACAAAAACUACGUCGUGUUAACUACACUACGCCAAAGAACUACUUGGACUUUAUUAAUACCUAUAAUAAACUACUGGAAGAGAAGGACAAGUAUGUACUGGAACAGUGUCAUCGUUUGGAUGGAGGUCUAAGUAAACUCCUUGCUGCAAGCGAACAGCUUAAAGAACUCAACGAGAAACUCGAGGUGCAAAAAAUCGCUGUCACCGAGAAAACUGAAGCAUGUGAAACACUGUUGGUUGAAAUCCAACGAGCAACAGAACAAGCUAACGAGAAGAAAGAGAUGGCACAAGGAAAACAAAAAGAAAUUGCUGAACAAAACAAAGUCAUUCAAGUUGAAAAGAAAGAAGCCGAGGAGGCUUUGGCUGAAGCCCUUCCUGCAUUGGAGGAAGCUAAAUUUGCACUACAAGACUUAGACAAGUCAGACGUUACUGAAAUAAGAUCGUUCGCCAAGCCCCCUCGUGCUGUCCAGAUGGUGUCAGAGUGCAUCGUUAUUUUACGUGGUUACAAAGAAGUCAGUUGGAAGUCUGCUAAAGGAAUGAUGUCCGAAGGAAACUUCUUAAAGAGCCUGACUGAGAUGGACGUUGAUGGUAUUACAAUUGGACAAGUAUGUAAACACUCUUAUGAUUACACUAAUGAUGAUGAUAGUAGUGCAU